UUUCUUUCCAAAAGUGCAGGUAACUUCCGGUUGCAGACGACAAGUGCGAGUGAGUAAUGUAGGUAGGGCAAUUUUUGGGGGAAAAUGGUGACAAGUCAAAUAUUCACAGCAACAACAGAUGGAAAUAUUUCCUUUCUAUCGACAUUAAAUCCUGAACAACUCACAGACAAGAUCGUUGACGAUAAAGGGGCCAAUUGCUGCCAUUAUGCAUCAAGGGCGGGUAGGGUAGAUGUCAUCGAGUAUCUUGUUCAAAACAGGCACUUCAACCACCACAAGCGGUCCAUGGUCGGCUCUACUCCAGCGCAUGAUGCUGCAGCCUCAGGGAAACUAGCCACUGUACAAUGGUUACUGAAACAAGCCAAACCUCCCUUAACUCCAGAUGAUCAAGAUGGCACUGGAGCAACUGUACUGCAUUUGGCAGCUAGAUAUGGACAUGCUUCACUUGUAGAAUGGAUUCUUGAUAAUACUCAGGGUGAUUUAGCCAUGAUAAAAGCAGCAAGUGGUGCUCUGCCUCUUCAUUUUGCUGCUUCUGGUGGAAGUGUGGACACUGUUCAAAUUCUAUUACAGGAUUCACCUAGAUCUGUGAACAUGCAAAUGACAAAUGGAGCAACCCCGAUAUAUAUUGCUGCACAGAGUGGGCAUUUAGAGGUCCUUAAACUACUGGUUCAGAAAGGUGGCACUGUUAAAAUUCACGCAUACGAUGGCAUGUCAUGUUUACACGCUGCAUCCCAGAGUGGGCAUCUGGAUUGUGUAAAAUUCUUG